CAAGUGAUUUCCUUCCUGACCCUCAAGAAGAGGAAGUUGAAAGUGCAUGACACAUCAAGGAAGAUUCGUCAUCUCACUUCAGUGCAUUGUUGUACAAGAACGUACACAUGCCUGCUCUUUGUUUUUUAUUCCUGUCCGUCCUGAGCCAAGUUUGCUCAGAGGCCCUCAAAGUCAUCGGUCAUGUCGGGCAUGAUAUCACAUUGCCUUGCGCCUAUGACGCCCGAGCUCAUGGCUCUCUGAGUUUCUGUUGGGGUCGAGGAGAGGUCCCCACUUUCAAAUGCUCCGAUUACAUCCUUUCCGCCGAAGAUGGGGCGGUCGUCUUCCUCAGUGAGCCCAGGUACCAGCUGCUGGGCCGUGGGGGUGAUGGUGACGUGUCCCUGACCAUCCACAACGCCCAGCCCAGUGAUGCUGGAGUGUACGGCUGCAGGGUGGAGUUGCCGGGGUGGUUCAAUGACCACAAAGUCAACACGUAUUUGGUGGUAAAAGAAGCUCCUUUGCAACAGCCUGUCACUCAAGACACUGUACAUCCAACAGUGGGAAUACAACAGGACAUUACAGAUGUGAUGUCUACAUUUAAACAUCUAGAAGGAGAUACAUUAAAGAACACUAAAAGAGAUGAGGAAAACAUCAAAGUGUUCCAAGAAGUGGGGAACAUUUGCAGGCUGGCAGCUGUAAUCUCAUUGACCAUCAUCGUAAUCACAAUCUUUGUUUCCUCAGGGAGAAGGCCUCGUCCUCUUCAGCAUAUGAAAACAUCAACUAUGGAGAAUAUUUAUCAAAACGUUUAACGUUGGCACACCAAUUCUUUGGAAGAAGUGUGUAUAUAUAUAUACCGUUCAAAAGUUUGGGGUCACCCAAACAAUUUUGUGGAAUAGCCUUCAUUUCUAAGAACAAGAAUAGACUGUCGAGUUUCAGAUGAAAGUUCUCUUUUUCUGGCCAUUUUGAGCGUUUAAUUGACCCCACAAAUGUGAUGCUCCAGAAACUCAAUCUGCUCAAAGGAAAGUCAGUUUUGUAGCUUCUGUAACGAGCUCAACUGUUUUCAGAUGUGUGAACAUGAUUGCACAAGGGUUUUCUAAUCAUCAAUUAGCCUUCUGAGCCAAUGAGCAAACACAUUGUACCAUUAGAACACUGGAGUGAUAGUUGCUGGAAAUGGGCCUCUAUACACCUAUGUAGAUAUUGCACCAAAAACCAGACA